AUGUCUCUAAACUAUUGGGAGUUUGUAAAACAAUAUGUCGUACUUGGAGGUGGUCUUCAAAUGGGUCUAUAUGUUCGAAGGGUACUCGUAUUCUUUUGGGUUGGAAUACAGAUUUUGUUGAUGUGUUCGAAGGGGUACUCGUAUUCUUAUGACACUAAUAAAGCCAUGAUGUGUUCCUUUGUUUACGCGGAUAAUUAUUAUAUUGAAAGAAGAAAACUAUGGGAAAGUCUAUGUUUGCAUAAACUGUUUGUUAAGGACAAGCUAUGGGUGAUCUUAGGUGAUUUUAACUCGUCGUUGUUCCUUGAAAAUUUGGCUAUGGGAACGUCGAAAAUCUCUACAGGACUUAAAAGCCGAAAAAGGGAGUUGGCAUUGAAGAAGAUUGAUCGAGUUAUGGCAAAUGUCUAUUUUACGGAUGAGUUUUCGAGUGCCUGUGCGGUUUUCCAACCAUACAGAAUUUCGGACCACACUCCAUGUAUUCUAAAAAUUCCUGGUACGAGAUUGUCUAAACCGAAGCCGUUCAAGUUUUUUAAUUUCAUUGUUUACAAGAAAGAUUUUGGAGAUAUUGUAAAAGCGGAAUGGUCGAAGCAUAUUAAUGGGGUUCCGAUGUUUAGAAUGGUGAAAAAAUUGAAAGCUGUAAAACAUCCAAUCCGCAGCCUUCUUUUUAAGCAAGGUAACCUUCACAAAAAAGUUAAAUCGUUACGGGAAGAGUUGGAUGAGGUUCAAAAGAAGAUUGAUUCAAACCCGGCUGAUUUGUUGCUUAGAGAAAGUGAAUCGGCUAUUUUGGCCUCUUAUCAAGAGGCUUUACUUGAUGAAGAACGGUUGAAGCAAAAAUCCAAGGUUGACUGGUUGAAGGUUGGUGAUGUUAAUUCAGCAUACUUCCAUAAUUCUGUAAAAUGUAGGAAUCAUAGAAGCCGAGUUGACAUUAUUAAAGAUGUUGCUGGAAAUGUUUAUGAAGGGAAUGAUGUUCCCAAUGCUUUUGUGAACCAUUUUACUGCUUUUCUUGGUCAGAAGGGUGAUACUACUAGCAUGCCUACACCGGAAUUGUUUCCAAAUGUUUUGGAAACUCAUGUCGCUGAGCAUAUGGUGCGAGAAGUAACAAAUGUGGAAAUUAAAGCGGCCAUGUUUUCUAUUGAUGAAAAUAAAGCUCCGGGCCCGGACGGUUACUCAUCUGCUUUCUUUAAAAAGGCGUGGCCGAUUGUGGGAAAUGAUGUUUGUGAUACAAUAAAACAUUUUUUCAACUCAAAAAGAAUGCUAAAGGAGGUAAACAAUACCAUUAUUGCACUCAUUCCUAAGGUGACUACACCUUGUCGUGUGACGGAUUAUCGGCCUAUUUCAUGCUGUAACGUUCUUUAUAAAUGUAUUACUAAAAUUCUAUCUACUAGAAUUUUAGAGGGUCUGGAUAAGGCGGGACAACGACCCCCUAGAUGCGCUUUUAAAGUGGAUAUCCAAAAGGCUUAUGACACGGUCGAUUGGGAUUUUCUUUCUGCUAUUCUUAAUGGCUUUGGUUUUCAUCAAAAUAUGAUCGAUUGGAUUAUGAAAUGCAUCACAUCUCGUCUUUUUCAGUGUGCGUAA